AUGGAUAAUGAAAGACAGAAGAUACAUAGUUGCCUCAACAAACUAUUUGCUGGUAAGAAGAUUCUUAUUGUUUUAGAUGACCUAUGGGAUGACCAUCAGUUCCGGCUGGAGGAGUUGAAGAAUACGGUAUAUCAUAAAGACAGCAACAUCAUUAUUUUAGUAACAACACGUAGUGAACUUGUUGCGGAGAGAAUCUGUACUAAUGUUCAAUCACACAAGAUAUUACCCUUGACAAAUGAUAUGUGUUGGGAUAUAAUAAAACAAAGAAGUUGUUUCAAAGAUAGAAAUGACAAAGAACAGCUGAUGGGUAUAGGACAAGAGAUUGCUCGGAAGUGUGGUGGUGUGGCUUUAGCAGCUCUAUCUCUUGGGUUCACUUUACGGUCCAUGAAUUUUGAAGAAUGGAUGAAAGUGAAAGACAGUGAUAUCUGGAAUAGACCUGUUUCAAAUGAUUUCUCUGUGCCAAAUCAAGUUCUUGCAUCCUUGAAGUUAAGUUAUAGCUAUAUGUCUCCAUGCUUGAAGGCAUGCUUUACCUACUGUGCAACCUUUGCAAAAGGUCACAAGAUUGUUAAAGAUGAUCUUAUUUACCAAUGGAUUGCUUUGGAUUUCAUCAAGCCAACAAGAUUACUCUCGAAUGUGCAGCAUUGUGAAAAAUAUAUUCUGCAGCUCUUGGCACUGUCAUUUUUUCAACAACCAGUGUCACCUAAGACUUCUGAAGCAUACUAUGAACAAGCUACGUUUUUCACCAUGCACGAUCUGGUGCAUGACUUGGCAAUUUCACUCCUUGGUAACCAAAUUCUGGACGAGACCAAACAACGCAAAACUAGGGGAAGCAGCUGCCAAUAUGCAUUGCUCACUGAUUGUAGCAGACCACUGGAGUUAUGCUUGACUUCUCCUGCAAGGCUAGUAGCACUGCAUUUUUUGGAGGGUUACAGAAGCAAACUAAGCGGUGCUGCAUUUGCACCUGCUAGGUCCCUGCAAGUAUUGGAUUUAAGCGAGUGCUUCAUACAGGUGUUGCCAGAUUCCAUUGGCCAACUAGAGCAGUUGAGAUAUCUCAAUGCUCCAAAGAUCCAGGAUGAAUUUGUUCCAGAAUGUAUCACGAAACUCUCAAAAUUGAUUUAUCUCAAUCUUAAUGGAUCUAAUAUUACCACCCUGCCAAAGUCAAUUGGAGAACUGGAAAGCUUGAUGUAUCUUGAUUUAUCAAACUGUACAGGAAUAGAUGAGUUGCCAGUCUCAUUCAGGAAUCUAGAAAAAUUGGUGCAUCUAGAUUUAUCAGGUUGUCGUAGUAUUUCAGGUGUAUCAGAAUCGUUGCAGAGCCUCAGCCGAUUGGAGCAUUUGAACUUAUCAUGGUGUGGAGAGAUGGAAGGCCUGACAAGAGCAAUGAGCAGCCUCACAGGACUGCAAUAUUUGAAUUUGUCAUGCGUCUCUUGUGUUGGAUUACAACAAGUCCUGGUCAAUCUCACUAAACUCAGGUAUGUAAAUUUAGCAGGUAGCCUAGAUGAUGACGAACUAGAUCAAGCUGAGUUUGAUAGUUUACUUGAGUGCGUCAGUAUCCUUUCCAAUCUAGAGUACCUUAAUUUAGGGUUCAAUGGUUAUCUGUGUACCAUACCUGAAAGCAUUGGGAACCUCAGCAAGCUAAAUACCCUAGACCUCUGGUAUUGCCAGAAUCUACAGAGGCUGCCAGCUAGCAUAUCUGCAAUUAAUAGCCUGAGGUUUCUAAACGUAUGUGGUUGCUGGAAGUUAGAUAAGUCCACUCUGCCCCAGAACAAGAAUAGUUCAACAGUCUUGUUACCACAUUUUGUGGUCCAUGCUGGUGAUGGUGAAUCCAGCAGCAAUCUUUCUGAGCUCGAGGAUAAACAUCCAACUUUCUUGGAGAUAAGCAGCCUUGAAAAUGUGAAGUCUGCAUCAGAGGCAAAGAGAAUAAAACUGGUGGAAAAGCAUAGUAUUGAAAAGCUAGAAUUGGCAUGGACUAGGGAUGCUAAGAGAUUUGCAAAUGAUAUGGAAGUUUUAUCAGAACUGGUGCCACCAGAUGCGAUAGUGACAUUAACACUGCACGGAUACAGUAGUAUUACCUUUCCAUCCUGGAUGAUGAGCAUUGCUACUUAUCUACCUCGCCUGACAGAUGUUACCCUGCGGGACUUGCCCAGUUGCAACGUCCUACCUCCACUUGGUCAGUUAACAAACCUUGAGCGGCUGGAGAUCGAUGGAAUGGGCGGCAUUAGGAAGAUUGAUGGGGGCUUUUACGGGGGCAGAAGAGCAUUUCCUCGACUUAGGAAAUUUUGCCUAUCCCAUAUGGAUUGCCUGGAAGAGUGGAAUGCUGAGGAUGGUUUGAAUGAGCUCGCGUUCCCAGAACUGAGGUGGUUGAGUAUAAAUCGUUGCCCCUUGCUGAGGUUCAAAGCGUGUCCGCCUCCAGGUAUGCGCGUGAACAUAGAUAGUAGUGACCAAAUACUAUUAUCCUCAUGGGAGAACAGAGGUCAUGUCUGUGUUUCCUCCACUACGGCAACAGUGCUUCACGUGAAAUGUUGUGAGGUGCCUCUGCAUCAGUGGAGCUUGCUGCGCCACCUCCCCUGCCUCAAACGUUUAUAUAUUACUGACUGCAGUGAUGUCACAUGUGGCUCAACAGAUUUGGUUGCGGAAGAUUGCAAAAAUGGCACCGUAGCACUGCAGGAGUGGUUGGGAGACCUCACGUCUCCCAUGGAGCUCGACUUACGUAUACACCGUUGCAAUGGCAUCCAGAACCUAGCAAAGGGCAUCCAACAGCUCAGAUGCCUUCGACGGCUAGAAAUUAUUGGCUGUCCCGAACUAGUUGAGUGGUGCAAAUCAAAGGAGAAUAAGAUAAAGCUCGCUCACAUCAAAGAAAUUAUAUUUGAGGACCUGGCACUGCCAGCGGUACGUGAGGCUUCAAUGAAACGGAGGAAAGUCCUUAAGCUGUCAAGAGAUUUUGAAUUGUUAACGAUAAAAGAUGAAAAGAGGGGUGCAAGUGAUGCAGGUCAUAAUGCCAACACACUAGAGGAUCUGCCAGCGCAGCAAUUCAGCCUGGGAAGCUGCAUGGGCUCUUCUACUCCGCUAGGAACCAGCAGAGCCCAGAGGCGACGCAAGCCUACAGCCGAGCUGAUCCGUCGCAAGGGAGGCAUGCCUCAGACGCCGCCUGCCGCUGGUCCGUCCACCACUGUUAUCAGCGUCUUCAGAUCUUCUCCUGCUUCACACCUCACCAGUCUACCUGCGCUGCCACCUACCACUCCUGCUUCCAUGUACACCUUCACGGCCACCGCCCAUUCAUUGCGUCGGCCACCGUACUGA